AUGAACACUGGCCAUAAGCGAAACAAAGGCAAGUUUACUGAAAUCCCCGCUAUCAUACUAUAUGAUCGCCAGAAGGGCAUUCUGCGCCGUGGGUGUGUCAAAUUCCCAGAUAAGACUCUCGGAUAUUUAACAGAUGUAGUUGAGGCUUGCGUUGCAAAUCCCUAUGGUUUUAAUGCAAGUGCUUGUCAAUUUUAUCAGGAAAAUGGGACAUCUGGAAAUCUCAGUGCUUUCGUAAAUGAUAAAAACUCGAGACAGAUUGAUAUCCUCUCAUGUGAGCAUUACUUUGGCAUCGAUGCUGCAUUUUGUAUUUUCAGUAACAACAAUCGUACAUUUCGCCCAAACAAAUUUUCAAUUUCCCAGAGGACUUCAAAAAAGCAAAACUUUUCUGAAGACACAUGUCUAAAUGACUUUUAUUCAUAUGAAGAAUGUGAUGUCGUUGUUGAUAUCGAUGUCUUUAAAGUAGGAAAGGUUACAGGUCUUAUUCUGGAAAAUUCCCUAUUUAUUUUGCUGUUUCCAUUGUUCAAAGAAACUAAAACAUUGAUUACGCGAAAAAGCAAGGAGAAAUUCCCUCUUAAAGUAACGACAUUAACAAAGGAAUAUUCAUUAGUUAUAUGA